GGGCAGGCUAGCCAAUUUGUUCUUAAACUUGACCGGAUUUCUCCUAAUCCUUCGGACAUGAAAUCCAGCUCCGCUCCGUCGGAACUUGACAAAGGCCAUUAUUACCAUCUCCCUUCUGCUUCCGAUCGCCAAAAUGAGACAAGACAAGUAAAAAACAAGUCAACGACGUCGGAAGCGGCCUCUGUUGGCCGGAGAAAUCCCCGUAUCAACAAAUAUGUUCUCGCCGCUGCUGUUCUUGCCUCCACAAAUUCAAUCCUUCUUGGUUAUGAUAUUGGGGUGAUGAGUGGAGCGGUGCUUUACAUUAGGGACAAUCUGGAAAUCACAGCAACCCAAGUCGAGAUCUUGGUAGGAUGCUUAAACGUUUGUUCUCUUAUCGGCUCACUUGCCUCCGGCAAGACUUCCGAUUGUAUUGGCCGGCGAUACACUAUUGUCCUGGCAGCGGCUACGUUUCUGAUUGGGGCGCUUCUUAUGGGUCUUGCGCCGUCUUUCCCUUUUCUCAUGGCCGGUAGGGUGGUCGCAGGAAUUGGCGUUGGCUACUCCCUCAUGAUCGGCCCUGUAUACACCGCCGAGCUCUCCCCCGCUCUGUCUCGGGGAUUUCUCUCUUCUCUCCCCGAAGUCUUCAUCAACAUCGGAAUCCUCCUUGGUUACAUCUCUAAUUAUGCCUUAUCAAGUCUCCCAGAGAACAUUAAUUGGAGACUAAUGUUGGGAUUAGCAGCGUUCCCAGCUGUCGCCGUCGCUGUCGGUGUAGUUGUAAUGCCAGAGUCCCCACGUUGGCUUGUAAUGAAAGGCCGAUUUCUUGAGGCAGAGCAAGUUCUGAUCAAGACAUCUGACGGUGGCGCAGAGGAAGCCAAACUGAGAUUAAACGAGAUGGCGAAGGCGGCUUCUUAUGUCGGACAAGAACCACCAUCAACCUCCAACUGGCGCGGCGAAGGCGUGUGGAAAGAGUUGUUACUCCACCCAUCGCCACCAAUCCGGCGAGUUCUCAUCGCUGCUAUUGGCGUCAACUUCUUCAUGCAAGCCUCCGGAAACGAUGCGGUCGUAUAUUACAGCCCCGAGGUGUUCAAAGACGCCGGAAUUCACAACCGGAAACAGCUAGUCGGAGUCACAAUCAUCAUGGGACUCGGCAAGACCUUUUUCGGGUUGAUUUCGGCUCUGUUUCUGGAUCGGUUUGGGCGGCGGCCGAUGCUGUUAUUGGGCUCGACCGGGAUGACCGUUUCAUUGGCUGCUUUGGGCCUGUGCUCUCUCUAUCUCCAGAAGUCCAAUACCAAACCAGUUUGGGCCAUUGCAGUGUGCAUAGUGGGUAUCUGUGCCGAUGUUUCUUUCUUCUCAAUUGGGCUUGGGCCUGUUACAUGGGUCUAUUCAUCCGAAAUAUUUCCGAUGAGGCUUCGGGCCCAAGGAUCCAGCCUGGCCAUAUCGGUGAACCGGGUUGUGAGUGGGAUAGUGGCCAUGACAUUUUUAAGUGUCUCAGAAGCAAUAACGUUUGGGGGAAUGUUUUUUGUUCUUGCUGGAAUCAUGGCAAUGGGUACUAUUUUCUUCUACUGCUUUUUGCCUGAGACGAAGGGUAAGAGCUUAGAAGAAAUUGAGAUUCUUUUCGAGGAUAAACUACCUCGAAACACUGGAGAAAUUCUUCACUCCUAGGACCAUAGUACCAUUACAGGUUUUGAGUGCAGUUGCUUUCUCUGCCCACGCAAUACAACCUUUGGAAUGCAUUAUGCACACAUUGCUUGCUAGUUGAGAAAGAAACUCAAAUGUUGGAUGCUUUUUGGUUAAGAAAUGUAUAAACUUUUA